GACAAGUGAAGUGCUCCCUUGCACUAAUCCGCAAAGACUUUCGCUCCGAUCGGAAAUCUACAGCGUGCUCACCACCUUAGCUUUGGGGGACAUGUCGAGCUGCGCCAUCCAAGCGCUUUUAAUUCUCCUGCUCCUCGCCGCUGGCUGUCGUUCAGUUGCUCCACUCGCCGCUGAAAGCAGCGUCGCCCUCCUUCGUAGGACGCCAACGCCGAAUGAGAAGGAAUACUUGAAACAUUUUCUGCCCACGGGCUCUUCCAGCUUCUCAUCUCAAGAUUCAUCCACUUUCAAGUCGGAUGGCUCAUCCAAAUAUUCGUCGGAGGGCUCGUCCAGCUUCAAAUCGGACGCAUCGACUAGCAAGGGCUUCGCAAGCCCGAAGACUCCCUUGAAGCCCAAUGCUCUAAAACGCAAAAGCGGUGCCUUGGCCUUUCCUGGCAUCCUUGAAGACCCGCACCCUGCAUGGGGCGUAGAGCAUCCAGCGAGCCUUGAAGGCCACAAGGAGCUCGACACGCUCAAAGACGAGAGGCGAUGGAAAGUUCACAGCGACGAAGAAUGGAUACCGCAUAGCAUGCCCAAAGGCUAUCAUCUCCAAGAAUUUCGACUGGCCGGGUCCUACUACGCUGCCACGCCGGAUGGUGGGCUCCGCUACAUUCCCUCGCGAGACACUGCGGUGCACCUAGAAGAGAAGAUGCCCGGAGAGCGUUUGUAUGGCAAGCUUAGGGGCGGUAUACUCAUGACAAAGAGUGAAGGAAAAGGCUACACCCGUCCGCCUUACCACCGCCACAUGUUCCUCGAGGAGAUGGCGGGCAAAGAGUUUUAUCCGCACGACGUGCUGAAGGGAGUCCAACUCCUUCGUCCGGCCCGCAAGUAGAUCAGCGCAGAAUCCCAAUGCGAGGAUUUUCGUGGAUGCAGACCUUUGUAGGCUCGAAUCGCCAAGACUCCAUUUACCACACGAUGAUCUUGCGUUUAUCAACUUGACUUGACGCGUCUGUUGGCUGUUGUAGAGCCGUGUUGGCUUGGCUGCAGUCACACGAAA